CUCGCAGACGUCGCAGUGCUCGUUCCGUAUCCUGACGUACAUAAUAGUCGGUGAAGCUUCUGCUUCCGGUUCGCACCGUGCCUGCAUUCGCACAGACAUAGUAGACAUUGAGCGGUUGAAUCCCUUUCGGACGGAAACUUCAAAAGCUAGACACACAUGUAGUUAGGAAAAGUCAUAGCCUUUUUCUUGCAAACUAACCUCGCUCUUGUGAAUAUUGAAACAUCCAUACAUCGUGAUGUAGACACUCUGGACAUGGAUUUCAAGCUUUAGUUAUGACAUAGGAACGGACACCUAUUCGCUAUGGUAGACCCUAGCGAUUAUACUGCUGCUGAACACGGCCAGGGAGGAUUAGCCAAAAGCUCUGGCCAUAAUGGGCAGCAGGCCACACCUCUUCGGUCCAUUUGGCUCGAAGCAUUCAACGACCCUGUGGCCGGCAUUACAGCCUACACGCCUUGCGUGCAUACUUGUAACCUGUUUGGCGACGGGGACAAUCGGUUAGUUAUCGCUGACGAGGAUCGGAAGCUAAAGGUAUGGAAAGGCACUCAGAAGGCUUCGGAGCACCAGCUGCUGGACACUCCGGUCGCGAUUUGCAGCUACAUUUCAGAAAACACGGCACCACGACUGCCAGCUCUUGCCGUGGCUGCUGGCUCCAACAUCUACAUCUACCGCAACCUGCGCCCCUACUACAAGUUCCCGCUGCCCCCGGAGAAUGUCAACACGGAGGAGCAGGACGUGUGGCAGAAGGUGAUGGAUGGUGAGAUCGUGAUUGGGGAGGCGGUGGCGCAGCUGACCCGGCUGCAGGACGCCGGCGUGGUGCUCCAGACUCGCUCGCUGCAGCUGAUGAACAUCGGCGACCCGGACGCCAAGAUGGCGUUCGUGGAGCACUGGCAGGGGCAGCCGCUGGUGAGCACCACCGUCAUUACAUGCAUGGACGUGGUGAAGCAGGCAAUUGACGAGCCCGACGCCGUGAGCUGCCUGGUGGUGGGCACCGAGAGCGGCCGCAUCCUCAUCCUCAACGCGGCAGGCAACGCAAUCGUGAAGAACAUCUGGGUGGGGAUCACACCCGCCAUGAUUGCCGUACAGGGCGAGUUGGACGUGGGUUACCGCAUCACGGUGGCGGGUCGCGACGGCAAGCUGUACCACAUCCGCAACGGGGAGCUGACGCAGACCAUCAUCCAGCUGGAGGCGCAACCCGUGGGGCUGGUCCGGCUGCUGAAGCACGUGGCGGUGGGCUGCAUGAACGACGUCAUCCACGCCUACCAGCCCACCGGACACAAGUCCUGGUCCAUCUACCUGCCAGCUCACAUCCUGGCCAUGCAGCGAAUGGAGGUGGCGGGGCAGCGGGGGACAAAGGCGCUGCUGGUGGCGCUGGCGAAUGGCGAGGUGCGUGUGUACAACGAGAAGCUGCUGGUGAGUGUGCAUUCCGUGCCCAACCCCGUCACCGCGCUGUGGUUCGGGCGCUACGGGCGGGAGGACAACACGCUGCUGGCCAUCACAAAGAGCGGCGCGCUGGACAUUAAGAUCCUGCCCCGCACCGCCAACCUGGAGGUGGGGGCGGUGGGCGGCGGACCGCCACCCGAGCAGGAGAUCCCGCUGGCAGUGCCCAAGAAGACCCGCCUGUACGUGGAGCAAACGCAGCGCGAGCGGGAGCAGGCUGCCGACAUGCACCGCACCUUCCAACGCGACCUAGCCAAGCUGCGCCUCACCACCGCCCGCGCCUACGUCAAGGUGCUCACGGACGGCCAGGGCGCCGCCGCCUUCACCACCAGCACCAACCUCUCCCUCUCCCUCAGCGUUGCGGGGCUGGGCCCCCGCUUCCGGCUGUCUCUGCUGCUGCGCAACGACGGCGGGCGGCAGAUGCUGGACGUGCCGGUGGUACUGCGGGCGGACCCGGGGCUGUACGCGCUGGGGCGCAGCCAGUUCGUGGUGCCGCUGCUGGUGCCGGGGCUGCAGUACACGUUCGAGGUCCCCGUGACGGCCCUGGACCCGCAGGCUGGCGCCAGCAACGUGACGGUGCUGCUGCUGGCACCGGGCGGCACCCCCAGCAGCGCGCCCCUGCUGCAGGCCACCAUCAAGAUGCCGCUCAGCGAGCCGGAGGAGGUGUGAGGGGCGGACGGAGCGGGGGGGAGCUGGGCGGCAGGGCAGGGCACCGUCACAUGGACCCACAUGGCUGGGUUGCGUGAAACGUGUGUGUUUCAUGGUUUCAGCAGCUCUGGGUUGCAGAUGCCGUACAGGAUAUCGGGCAGGACCAGGCGAACAACAUGGCAGGGGCGUCACACAGCGGGAAACACCGGUUGCGUGAUCUUUUCAGUUUGGUUUUGGCUUGGUGUAAUGUUCAGGGAGGUUCAUCUGGAGGUGGUGAGGUUUCCGGGCUUGUGCGCUGCUUGCGAAUGACGCUGGCGCUGCUGAUUCAUUGGAGCACGAGUCGACUGGUUGGUCAAGAAGCAGGCUCUGUGCCUGUCAUGGCAAGAUAGGGGAGGUCCGCGAUGUCGUACUUGGGGUGUACAACGUCGCUGUUUCACUUGAUUGGUUACCAUAUCGCUAUGGGGCUGUCAUGGAUUGAUGACGGCGGCGACACUUACUGAGCGCAAGCACGGUGCUUCACGCUUACCGUUGCGCUGGUUUUCGGUGCACUAACAUUUAACUGUGCUGUGUGACUGGCGUCCCAGCAUGCAAGCGGAGGCAACACAUGC